ACAAAAACAUCAUCAUCAUCGCUUUUCUUCUCUGCGGGGCACGACGAACGAAUCAUUCAUUUAUUAUUUUCGUUGCCGAUCGAGACUCCCAAUCACCAUCCGGUUCGCGAUUUUGUGUGUUUUGUCCGCCGUCUGCCAAACAAAUAGCCAGCAAUUUGUCAAAGUCAUUCCUCCGUCACCGCAGCAGAGCAGGUUAUCACGAGGAUAAAGAAAAUGGAUACUGCCGUCGACGUGAAGUUCCCGGCCCUUUCCCUGGUGCCGAAGAACGAAACCGGAGCGCUCAACUUUGUGCGGAAAUUUCCGGAGUACAACGGGAAGGAUGUGACGAUAGCGAUAUUGGACUCCGGAGUGGAUCCACGGGCAAAAGGACUAGAGAUCGUCCCCGGUGGUGAGGUGAAGGUCGUUGAGCGUUUCGAUUGCUCCGGGUGCGGAGAUGUCGACACGAGCAAAAUCGUUACAGCCGGACCGGACGGUACCAUUGUUGCCCUGUCCGGCAGGGUUCUUCGCUUUUCCAACGCAAUGAAGACGAAGUGUCCCUCGGGCGAGUAUCGCGUUGGCCUGAAGAGCAUGCACGAUCUCUAUCCGUCGCGCAUUCGGGAGAAGAUUGUAGCGGAUGCUAAGCUGAAAACAUGGGACGAACCACACAAGACGGUUAUGGCGGAUGUCAACCGGGACGUCGCAGAAUUCGACGCUAAGAAUCCCAAUGCACAGAACUUGCCGCUCAAGGAACGACUGAUCAAAGAGAACCUGGACAGCACGGUGGAGUUCUUGAGUGCAUGCGAGAAGAAAUUUUCCGACCUGAAAACAACGUAUGAUUGUGUCCUGUUCGCGACAGUUGAUGGUUGGACGGCGGUUAUUGACAACACGGAAGAUGGUAACCUGGAGAAAGCAGUACACGUUGGGGAGUACAGUCGAACGCAUGAGAUGGUCAAUCUGGAUGAAUUUUUGUCUAUCUCGGUUAAUGUUCAUGAUGGUGGAGAUGUUUUGGAGAUUGUGGGGAUGUGCUCAAGCCACGGAACUCACGUUGCUUCCAUUGCUUGUGGUUUUCAUCCGGAUAAUCCAGAACUGGAUGGAGUGGCCCCGGCGGCAAAAGUAGUGUCACUAACAAUCGGUGACGGUAGAUUAGGAUCUAUGGAGACUGGCACUUCCCUCGUUAGGGCAAUCAUAAAAGUGAUGGAGCUAUGUGAAACAGGUCGUAAGAUUGAUGUGAUUAACAUGAGCUACGGUGAGCACGGCCACUGGUCUAGUUCUGGUCGAGUGGGAGAGCUGAUGAGCGAACUGGUGAACAAGUAUGGGGUCGUGUGGGUCGCUUCAGCCGGUAAUCAUGGACCUGCGCUUUGCACCAUCGGUACUCCUCCGGAUAUAAGCCAGCCAAGCUGCGUUGGAGUUGGUGCUUACGUGUCCCCUGAAAUGAUGGAGGCGGAAUAUGCACUGAGACAAAAGUUACCAGGGAACGUCUACACUUGGACUUCCCGUGACCCGUGCAUUGAUGGCGGAUUUGGAGUGACGGUUUGUGCUCCGGGGGCUGCGAUAGCCUCGGUUCCGCAGUUUACCAUGUCCAAGGCACAACUAAUGAAUGGAACCAGUAUGGCGGCUCCACAUGUAGCUGGUUCGGUAGCUCUGUUGAUUUCCGGAUUGAAACAGAAAAACGUCCACUUCACGGCAUUCAGUAUUAAACGAGCUCUAUGGAACACUGCCACUAAAAUUGAGUACGUUGACAAAUUCGCUCAAGGAAACGGACUGCUGAACGUGGAAAAAGCUUUCGAAAAUUUAACAAAUUAUAAAGAUUGUUUGGAAAAUAAUCUGCGGUUUUCGGUCAGUGUGGGAAGCAACGGCGCUAAAGGCAUUCAUAUGCGUCAAGGAGUGCUGACCAAGCCGGAGGAAUUCAACGUCAGUAUUGAACCUGUAUUUUUCAAUGACAAAUAUGCUUCCGCAUCUGAUAAAAUCAGUUUUAACGUAAGACUGACGCUGAUUCCAACGGAAUCGUGGAUUCAGAGUGGAUCCUUUUUGGACCUUUGCUAUUCACAGCGCACGAUCUGCGUGAAAGUAGAUCCUACUGGACUAGCUCCUGGUGUUCAUAGAGCAAGUAUUAAGGCAUAUGAUUCUGGCUGCGUUGAAAAGGGUGUCUUGUUCGAGAUACCAGUCACCGUAGUGCAACCGAUCGUAGUGGAUCCGAAAACUUUUGAGUACACUCAAACCGAAUCGAUCACAUGCAAGCCCAAUACGAUUCUGCGGAAUUUCUUCCUGGUGCCAAAAUAUGCAACAUGGGCCGUGCUGGAGAUGAUUUCCACCGAUACGAACGAUACUGUGGGCGGAAAGUUUCUGAUCCAUACGAUGCAGAUAUUGCCGAUGAAGUAUUGCAAGGCGCAAGAAACGCAGAAAAUAUUGCCGGUCAACAGUGUUUCCACGACGGUGCAUCCCUUCAAGUGUGUGGGUGACAAUAUUUUGGAAGUUUGUAUCGCCAAGUAUUGGUCCAAUUUCGGCACAGUACCGCUGAAGUAUUCUAUCAAAUUUCAUGGUAUUUCUCCAACUAAUGGAAAUAUAAUGCACAGCGCCAGUGGAAUACAUCGCAUUGAUUUGACUACGCUGUCCGCUGAAGAAGUACUGCCAUCCGUUUCCCUGAAGUCAGCUGUCAUGGUACUGAAACCAUCGGAGACGAAAAUCACUCCGCUGAGCCCUCGAGACGUUGUGCACCCCGGCCGUCAAAUCUACCAGAACGUUCUGACUUACAGUUUUCAUUUGAAUAAAAACCAAGAGGUGGCGUUUUAUGCACCCCUGUUCAGCACCAUUCUGUACGAAAGUGAAUUCGAAUCGCAGUUCUGGAUGGUGUUCGACUCUAAUAAAAUGAUGGUAGGAUGUGGCGAUGCGUACUCGAAUGAUUCCUACCUGAAGUUGGAAAAGGGCGACUACACAAUACGAUUGCAAAUCCGUCACGAGAAAAGGGAACUGCUGGAGAAGAUUUCCGAAACAACCAUGCUAGCAAAUAUUAAACUGGCCAAUACUUUAGCAGUAGAUAUUUAUAAGUCGUACAAUCAAGCCAUCGUCAACAGUAAGAAGAUAACUUCCUUGCCCUUCCCUGCAGCAGUGACUCGUCCAAUUUAUUUAGCGCCGAUAACAAAUGAAAAGCUCCAGAAAGCAUCGUUCCAAAGUCAGUGUUCUUGGCUUGAAGGAACCAUAGUUUACGCCAAGGAUGAGCUGGGUAAAAAAUGCGACACACAUAGCUUCCAAUACGUUCUGACAGAGGGGCCAAUCGUGAAGAAAAAUGGUACCGGAAGUCCCAAGGAGAAUAAGACUAAAUUUGAAGAAUAUAGCGAAGGACUUCGUGAUUACCAAGUUGCGCAAAUCGCCAAACUAGACGCCGAAAACGCAGAAACUGUGUACAACACCGUUCUGAAGGACAAUCCCACCUUUGUGGGGGCUCACCUGGCAUUGAUCGACAACAUGGAUAGCAACGAUUUGAAAGCAAAUCUACCGCUUACGUUUGCAAGCAAUUUGGAUAAAAACGACAAAAGUGCUGCUGCGCUGUUGAAAUUUAAGCUAAUCAAGAUCAUCGAGUUGGCAGAUUUGACAUUGAAGGAAAUUGAUCAAAAUACGCUGCUGGCAUACUACGGGCUGAAAACAGAUAGCAGACCGAAUGCAGCCAAAAUUAAAACUCAAAUGGACAAACAAAAACAGCAACUCCUGGAAGCCUCUCAAAGGAAACUAAUAGCUUUAUCCAAAUUGCGCGUCAUCAAAGCGGUUGUGGACAGCAACGAGGUGGGAGACGAUGGAGCGGAUCAGCUUGACGCCAUCGAGCAACUUUUCAGUGACAUUGGAAAGUUUAUCGAUUACAGUGACACGAAGGUGCUACUGUCAUCAGUUUGGCACGCAUACACCCUGAGUCAGUACGGUCGCAUGCUUAAGUAUCUCGGAAAACUCUACGAGGAUAAACUCUCACGAGAGAUCCUCGAAGAACAGAGCCGUGUCGUGUCCGAGAAGAAAUGGUCUCACGUGGAACAGCUGCUGAAUAAAAUGGUCGUGACUGCCAAUCCUCAAGGAUUUAGACUGUUUUAAUAUGUUUAAGACUAGACAACGUUCUAAAAGUUACUCCAUAGAUUAACAGAGUUUUCUAUAUUUGAUCAUGCGAGAUUUCAGUCUUUAUUACCAAGGUGGCUGAUGUGAUGACGAUUUUGGAUCAAGUCAAGUUCAAUUGUCACAUUAUCUCCAUGUUCGUUUAAUUAGAGAAAAACAAGACCGCAAAAUUUAGACUAAAUUUGCCAUUCAGAAUCAAGGUGAUGUCAAGCACUGAUCUCAAAUGUGCACUACCUAGAUAAUUCAGAUAGAUUCAUAUUUAAUUAUACGUUCGUUUUUAUGUGAUUGCUUUUAAUCCCCUAAAAACGAAUUUUGCUCAUCAAACCAUCUUAGAGAUUCGUCUAUCGACAAGCAAGAUAUGCAUUUAUGAUCUGAUGAAUCGAGCUUUUUAAACAAAUUAGAUAUGACCUGGCAUAACUAAUUGUUCAAUAUAUUAGAAAAAAUAUGGUAAAUGUAAUUAAUUUCUCAGAUUGAUUUAACCAUAAAUAAAAUCUAACACAUUUAAACUACA